CUUCGGUGUGGAAACCUUCAGCGUCUCGAAAGUCGAUAACAUUCUACUGGAUUGUCUACUAAUGAUCGUUCUGGUUAGAUUAAACAUUUAAAUAAAUUUUUGAACACUUUUGUUAUUUAUAGAAACUGGAAAAACCUCAAGAUAGCACUGAGUAAGUGACGAAAUAGACUUAGAUAAAGUAGAUAGGAAAGAUUAAGUGAUUUUGAAGGUGAAUUUUAUACUUUUUGUACUGAUUUUCGAUUGAGAGUUGAGAAAUUAAUUUUGAAUUUCAAUAAAUUUUAAUUAGUUUUGUUAAAACUUAGUCAAAAGUUUAUAAAAUAUUGAAAAAGUUAAUUCCAAAAUUUUAAAAACUCAAAAAAAAAAUUUCUCUUCGCUCUUGCAACGAACAAAGUUCAACUUCAGUAAAAUCACAAAAUAAAAACAUCGAGGGGCAAGUCAGCAAUCGAAACUUCAAUCACCAAAAUCCUCAACAUUUGAUAAAAAACAUUCCAAGUAUGAGCAAUAUUGGCGGAGCUGAAACAGACAGUGAAGAUGAGCUGCCAUCAGCAUGGGAGGAACGAGUCACAAAUGAGGGAAAUGUCUAUUAUUUAAAUCAUCAAACUAAGUCUACACAAUGGACUCAUCCAAGAACAAACAAAAUGAAAAAGGUAACUGGAAGUCUACCAUACGGAUGGGAAAAGAAAGUUGAAGAAGAUGGAAGAAUAUUGUUCAUUAAUGCUGAGAAAAACGUUCAAUCAUUCACAGAUCCAAGGUUAGCAUUUGCUCAAGAGGAAGCAGGACAAUCAAUCCGUCAAAAAUUCGACUCAUCAUCGACAGCACUUUCAGUGCUUCAUGGAAAAGACUUAACCGGAAAAAUAGCUCUCAUCACGGGCUCUAAUAUUGGAAUUGGCUUAGAAACUGCUCGAUCUCUAGCUUUUCAUGGCUGUGAAAUUAUUUUUGCAUGCAGAAAUCGGCAAACGACAAUGGAAGCAAUGGAAAAGCUGAAUGAAGAGAGACGCGGCAACUGUAAAUUAAACUUUAUUCAACUUGACUUGUCGAGCUUGAGAAGUACGAAGAAUUUUUGUGAAGAAGUUAAGCGACAAUAUCAGAAAAUUGACUUUCUUAUCCUUAAUGCUGGUAUCUUUGGACUUCCUUAUGGGACUACUGAGGACGGUCUCGAAAGACAUUUUCAAGUCAAUCACUUGUCACAUCAAUUUUUGACUACUCAGCUAUCAGAACUGCUUAAUCAUGAAUCAAGAGUCGUCGUUUUGUCCUCAGAAUCCCACAGAUUCUCAAACUUUCCAAAACACGACUUGACAAAAGAAAUUCUAAGUCCAUCGGCAUCAAAAUUCAGCAGCAUGAUGGCUUAUAACAACGCAAAACUUUGUAAUGUCCUUUUUGCUUGUGAAUUAGCAAGAAAAUGGCAAUCGAGAGGAAUUUCUGUGUUUGCUGUCCAUCCUGGUAACAUGAUAUCGACUGGAAUAUCGAGAAAUUGGUGGUUCUGGCGCUUCCUAUUCGUUCUCGUUCGACCAUUUACGAAAUCGCUGCAACAAGGUGCAGCGACUACAGUGUACUGUACAACAGCACCAGAACUGACUGGAUUGACUGGAAUUUACUUUAAUAAUUGCUACAUUUGUGAACCAUCGAAAUUGUCACAAAAUGAAGAUUUAGCUAAAGAGUUGUGGAAUCUUAGUGAAAAGCUGAUUAAAGAGAUUUUUGAGAACUAUGGAGAUGGAGCAGCUGGAGGUACUGGGAUGUUUAUAGGAAAUUAAUAAGGUUUUCUGGCUUUGAAUUUUGUUCAUGCCUAUGUUCAUCUUGAGACAUCAAUGUGAAGAAAGGAUUAAUGCCAAAAAAUUUAAUUUCAAAAAUCAAUAAAAAUUUUCUCUAUUUAAUUAAUGAA